UCUGUCCUUCACCAUAGACCUCAUUCUUUUAACCGGCGGACUCAGCAUAUCUACACCUUUCUACCCUCUGACCCAACCCAACCCAGCCAUCCAAACCAUCCACAGAUAAUCCACACCCCCACCGCUAAUCCUCAACCCCCGCACCACAAAGUACACAGUACACAUCAAACACCUUCCCCUUUUACCCUCUGUCACAACAAAUCAACUAUACCCCAACCACCGCUUCAUCACCCCACACACCACAAACCCCAUCCUCCAUCCCCUAAGACUCAACACCACAUCCACCAACAACCAUCCACCAGACACAACCACAAUGCCCUCCACCACCACUCCCAGAAAACCAGCACCACCACCACCACCACCCCCAACAACCGCUACAGCCACCGCUCCUACUACCGCUCCGGCUCCGGCUCCGGCAUCUUCUUCUCCUCAAGCAACAAUCACAACAACCCCCAUAACCCUCCUCUGGGCCCACGAACUCCGCCGCGAGAACCUCGAGCUCGCCGCCCGCCUCGCCGCCGCCGAGCGCACCAUCGCCGCCCUCACCGCCCAGCUGCAGGACGUGCGCGCGCAAGUCCACCGGGUCUCUGCGCUGCAGCAGGCCGAAGUAAAGGAGAUGGAUAGGCGGGUGCAGCGGGCUGAGGACCUUGUUCGCGGGGAGGUGGCGACGGUGGGGCGGUUGGUCGAGGGGUUGCGGGUGAGGGUUGAGGGGUUGGAGGGUGCGGUGGGGGGUUUGGAUGGGCGGAUUCAUGGUUAUUAUGGGGAGAGGGAUGGGGAGGGGGAGACGGAGGUUCUGGUGCCGGAUUCGACGGCUGGUGCUCCUGGUGCUGCUCCUGGUUAUGGUGCUGGUGGUGCAGGUGGUGGUGCUGCUGCCGGUGCUGCCGGUGCGGGGUUGGGGUAUCUGGUGGGAGGUAUGGGCGUGGGGUUGCGGUUGGGGUUGGGGAGAGGGGGUGGGUUGUCUUCGACGGGGGAGGGGGGGAGUACUGCUACUAGUACUGCGUCUACGUGGGAGAGUGGGGGUUUGGAUUGUUGUGGUAGUGGUGGUGGUGGAGAAGGUGAAGGUGAAGGUGAAGGAGAAGGGGAGGGGAGGGAUGGGAGGGACGGAGUCUGUGGUGGUUCGGUGGUGAUGGUUGCUGGGAUGGCUGGGCGGGCGACGGGGGAGGUUUGUAAGGUUGCUGCUGCUGCUGCUGCUGCUGCUGUUGCUGUGCGGGGUGAUGCGGAUGGGGCCGGGGCUUGUGGCAGUGGUUCAAGACGGACGAUCAGAAGUCAGAGUGUCAGGGACUGGUUUGAGGUGUUGGAGAAUCGGGGCAUCGUGCGCAAGAGGAAGAGAGCGAGACGAUCCAUUCCGAUUGUUCCGGCUGAUGAGGAGGAUGUUCGCAUUGCGAGGGCGAUGAUGAUGGGUCAUUGA